GUCUUAGGCACAUCUUGCGGCUGGACCAGUACCUGAUGGUCACUGCGCACCACUUCUAUCUUGGAAAAGAUGGUGGCCCCCCCUGCCAGGUGGGUGGAGAUGUCAGUGACAGGAGCCUCCCCUGUUUGACCCGACCACAUGACCCUGACGCAUGUGAGAUCACUCCCUUCAGUCAGCUAUAGAGAUUGCAGACUUGGUCAUGGCUCUGUGGACAGCAGCAUCCUUCUUCCUGACCUUCUCUUUGGGUGUUCAUUGUUGGCAUGAUCUGGACAACACGGAGUAUGACUGCUGGCCCAGCAACAAUCCAAAUGAUUACAACAUGAUAAGCUGUGGUGGUCUGGAGAUGGCUUGGGUGCAGCGCCCCCCGGAGAAAGUCACCAACGGGGAGGAAUUCAAUGUUUCAUACACCGUCACGGCCUCAGAUUCCUUCUACGACUACGCUGUCCGUAACAAGAUUUUCCAGUUCAGUGACGCUGCAGAGGCGAAGCGGUUCUGUGAUGAUCACGAGUGCCCAUCCAACUGGAACAAUGCCAAUGAACUCAACUGUUGCGUGUACCACGCCAACAUCCACUCGUGUCCUCUGGGCCUCAUGAAACAAGGCGGUAUCUGCGGCCCGUGGAUUCCCGAUGAUGGCAAAAUAGUCACUCAUACAGUGUCCAAAGCAGGCAAGAUGAGCCAGAAAUACUGGACCUCAAAGGUGGUGUUGAUCCAUGUGGGUGUCACUUCAGUUAUUGCUCAUAUCAAAAUCGGACAAAUGCACGCGGCAUUGGAAUCCAAAGUGCUUGUUAUAAGUGCUCAAGUGUGUGGGGACGAUGUCUGUGAGGGGGAGGAGAACUGUCUCAACUGUCCUGCGGACUGCGGCAUCUGCCCCAUGUCCAUGGCCAUCAAGGUGUCCAUCGGCCUCCCCGUCGCACUUUUCAGCGCCGGAUUCAUCCUAACCAUGGUGUGGCUUCAGUACCAGAAACAGAAGAUGUUUUGGGAUGAAAGCUGGAUCAUUGACUAUAAGAGUAUCAUUUUUGGGAGAGUGUGUGGGACAGACUUUGGCAGCACAACGAGCCCCCAGCAUGUGAAGAGCACUUCCAAUGUCAGUCAGUUGACUGACAUAACCAUAUGCACGGGCGUCAACACCUUCUUCAAGCAGGGCUUCAUCCAGCCUGGCAUCUAUGACGGCAGAACGGUUGCAGUCAAACACAUCCAAAAGAAACACUUUGCUCUCUCUAAAAGUAUCAGGAAGGAGGUGAAAGAGGUCAGACAACUGGACCAUCCAAAUCUUUGCAAGUUCAUCGGGGGCUCCAUCGAGGUUCCGUAUGUGGGCAUCAUCACUGAACACUGCCCCAAAGGAAGCCUGUCGGAUGUCCUCCUCAAUGAUGAUAUCCCAAUCAACUGGGGCUUUAGAUUGUCCUUCGCUACCGACAUUGCCCGUGGAAUGUCCUACCUGCACCAACACAAGAUGUUUCAUGGUAGACUACACUCCAGGAACUGUGUCAUUGACGAUCGCUGGGUUUGCAAGAUCUCUGAUUACGGUCUUACACUCUACAGAAAGGAGGACUUUGAUGUCGUGAGUAAUGGGUUCACUUGCGGCGAAGUCAAUCACGUCUACUGUGCUCCAGAGGUCCUCCUGGGAAGUAGCUCGACCAUGACGCCGGCAGCAGACGUCUACAGCUAUGCCAUGAUCCUGGUUGAGAUUGCCACUCGCUCUGACCUCAUUUCAGAACAGGAUCAGGCAGAAGGAGUGAGGCUGGAUAUCAUAUGGCGCCCUCCUCUCCCCGAACUCAAAGCAGGAAAAACUGACGUGGACUGCCCCAGUCAAGAGGACUACUGUGAGCUCAUCAAGAAGUGUUGGUCUCAAAACCUCACCACAAGGCCCACAUUUGAGCAGGUCAAGAAGAUGCUGGACAAGAUGAACCCACAUAAAGUCAGCCCCGUGGACAUGAUGAUGAACCUGAUGGAGAAGUACAGCAAACACCUGGAGGCCAUAGUUGCCGAGAGAACACAGGAUCUUCUUCAAGAGAAACAGAAGACCGAUCGCUUGUUAUACAGCAUGUUACCAAAGCCGGUUGCUGAUGACCUUCGCCAAGGUCGAACCACAGAGGCUCAGAGCUUCUCCAACGCUACUGUCUACUUCAGUGACAUUGUGGGCUUCACCCAGCUGUCGGGGGCCAGCACGCCCCAUCAGGUCGUGGACUUCCUCAACCAGCUCUACACCACCUUUGACGACAUCAUUGACAAUUACGACGUUUACAAAGUGGAGACCAUCGGUGACGCUUACAUGGUGGUCUCAGGGGUCCCCCAAGAAAAUGGCAUAAAUCACGCUGGGGAGAUAGCCAGCAUGGCCUUGGAUCUAGUCAGCGUUUGCCACACGUUCAAGAUCCCCCACAAGCCCAACACACAGCUGAAGAUACGGGCAGGCAUCCACUCAGGACCUGUCGUGGCUGGUGUGGUUGGAACCAAAAUGCCUCGUUACUGCCUCUUUGGAGACACUGUCAACACGGCAUCACGAAUGGAAUCAACGAGUGAAGCCUUGAAGAUCCAAGUGAGUGGGGCCACAGCUGACCUUCUUCACAUGUUGAGAGGAUACAUUCUAACCUGCAGAGGGACACUAAAUGUGAAGGGCAAAGGUGAGAUGAAAACAUGGUGGCUCGAGGCCAAGCGAAACGAGUGCACGGAUCCGUUGCUCAGCACGUCAGAGUUGAUAGGAGGUCCCGCGCCAGUUAGUGACUGAUCCUGGCAAACAUAUCCAAGCUUUGAACAAGACGUAAAGCAUGUGCAGUGACUGAUUAUAUGUUAUGUUGUGCAAUGAAUCUGUGUUGCAUGGAAGUCACCCGAGUUGUAAGGGUUGAGCUUUGUCGUCAGUGUAGUGACAACACUGUACAGUACUUCCACUGUAGCGGCAAUGUCAAGCGACAUCCUACUUAGACGUUUUAUUAAAUGUCCCCAUUGUUUGUUUAUGGUUUCCCUGUCAUGCAGCAACUGCCUCAAUAUUAGCUACUUCUUUAUAAUGCAAGAGCUGUAACAGAAAUGAUCCACGGACAAUAGCGCUCACACUGUCAGUGUUUGUGAUUUUACAUGUUCAUUCAAGUGGUUGUAAUUUUCUGCACUGCAUCAUACAUCAUUUAAUAAUGAGAGUAAAAUAUGAUGAUGGUUAUUCAUCAUAUCGAGACUCUUCUUUGUUACUGUACAAGGGAACUUUAACGUUCGAAGCAUUGCAGUUGUACACUACUAUCACAACCACAGUAGUAAACACGUUGUUAAUUUAAUAACUCAUUAUCUCAGUCAUGCAGAAUGUUUGAUAGCGCUCAUUAGAUUGUGUACUGUAUAAACUUGUGAAUGAGAUUUAAUAGCAAAUUUAAAUUAUGCUGCUCAACAAAUUUGUACAAUUGUGUGUAGUACUGUAUUUUAAUUUUAGACAUGUAUGUUGUUUUCUUUAUAAUGUAUCAAUUAAUUUAACCCUUAUAGCGGUUCAAAGAUGAUUUUCUAUCCAUCCAUCCAUUUUCUAAUCUGUUUAUCCUCUCGAGGGUCGCUGGAGCCUAUCCCAGCUGUCUUCAGGCAGUAGGCGGUGUACACCCUGAACUGGUUGCCAGCCAAUCAUAGAUGAUAUUCUAUGACAAUAAUCAAUUUCGACAUAUGGUAUCCUGCUUUCUUUGCGCUGUGUAAUAUAUUAGAGUAUUGUACUGGAAAGGUUCCUCGGUUUACGGCGCCCACGAUGGCGGUCAGUGAAAUACCAGGUUUUUCAUUUAAUUAUUUGGUAUUAAUGGCCUAGUGAUGUUUUUUCACACAAAUGUGUGCCGUAAUUAUGACUUUAUUACUUUGUUAGGAUGUUACUGUCAAUUGGUAACAGAUUUACGUAAGAAUUCGAGUUACGUCGCUGCCGUAAUCACGGGAACGCUCCGUCGUAACCGAGGAUUCAUGUACGCACGAUCGCGCGCAAAUUAAUAAACAUCGGACCAAUUUCAUCAUGGUGUACGUUAUUUGAUCAUACACCACCUUAAACACUUAAAUUAUUUUGGGGUUCUAUGCACGUUCAAAUAAAAUGGAAACGUCAUUUUUUUAAUGAAUAUUCACUCCAAGAAACGUGAAAACUAUGAGCCAAUCCAAGGAGUUGUUAUACGUUGCUUAGCGACAUGUCAACCAAUCCGCGUGCUUUUUUUUUUUCCUUGUGUGCUCUAAUUUGGAAAGCCGAGACUGGCGAGCUAAGACAGUGGAGCGUCGUGCGGCGAGGGAGAGAGAAAAAUGACAUUUCGUGCUGGCUGCAUGAGGAACAUAUUGGAACACUAGACGUGUGCAAGUGUAUUGAGUAUAUGUAGCGGAUUUU